CCUGGGCAAUAAAAACCCUCUAUACACCCCUUGACCCGGAAAUGACUUUAGUCGCGAAUGAGCGACAGAUUUUCAUUCAUCGGUUUGGAUAAUUCAUCAACACAAGAACAAUAAUCGACUACGACUUGAACAUUAAAGCAAACAUGUUUUACCAUAUUUCUUUGGAGCAUGAAAUAUUACUACACCCGCGGUAUUUUGGCCCUAACCUCCUCAACACCGUGAAGCAGAAGCUUUUCACAGAAGUGGAGGGUACCUGCACUGGCAAGUAUGGCUUUGUCAUCGCAGUCACUACCAUUGACAACAUCGGGGCAGGUGUAAUCCAGCCAGGGAGAGGAUUUGUCCUCUACCCAGUCAAGUACAAGGCCAUUGUGUUCCGCCCAUUUAAAGGGGAGGUGGUUGACGCUGUGGUCACUCAGGUUAACAAGGUUGGAUUGUUCACAGAAAUUGGUCCCAUGUCUUGCUUCAUCUCUCGCCAUUCCAUCCCCUCAGAAAUGGAGUUUGACCCCAACUCCAAUCCUCCCUGUUAUAAGACUGUUGAUGAGGACAUUGUGAUCCAACAAGAUGAUGAGAUCCGGCUAAAGAUUGUGGGAACAAGAGUGGACAAGAAUGACAUUUUUGCGAUUGGAUCUCUCAUGGAUGAUUAUCUGGGUCUUGUGAGCUGAUUCGCCCUAGAGGGAGCACAUUUCACAUGGAACAUUUUAUGUAGUAGCCUAGCUAUUUCUAUGUCAAAAUCAAUAUUUUUUUACACAGGAAAAGCCCUAUAGCGACAUUAUGACAAUUUGUUUUUAUUAGAACUGGUGUAAGAUUCAAAGGAAAUGCAGGAGAAUGAUUGCUAAAUGCAUAGCAAGAGGGCAUACAAUGCAGAAGCAGUACACAUUAUUUUUACUCAUGUAGAAUUCCCCAUUUCUGUCUUGACUAUUGUUUUUUUUUGUAUGCGGACUGUAAUAAAAUAUUUUAUUUGUUGUUA